AUGGAUCAGGAUCCAAACCCGCACGUCGUCCAGGACACGGAUAUGUCCAUGUGGGACGACCCCUCCUUCUCCAACCUCUACGACAACCUGGGCGCCGCCGCCGAGUCGCCCUUCGAUGGCGCUCGCCUGUUCGACAUGUCGGCCGCGACCGUGCAAGCCGACAGCCCCAGCUACCACAUCAAGACCGACGACGCUCAACACGCGCAUUCUCACCAACAAUACAACUCGCGAUCGCUCGUCUCGUCGCGCUCCGCCGAGAGCUCGUCGCAAGACUCGUCGUCCGAGACCAGUGGCAGAAAGCGCAAGAACACUUCGGCCACUUCCGAGUCACCGCCAGGAAACUUUGAAGCCAUCAAGCUCGAGCAACGCCCACACAUGAUGCACUCGCACCCCGCCAGCACCACCAACAUGGCCCCGCUACACUCUCUACACAACCUCUCUUUGGAGCAGGACUUUGCCAACCAUUUUGGCAGUGCUGCAAGUAGUCCUGGUGGCCAGCCCAUGGAUAUGGUCGACCGCACUUACUCACAUCGCAUGCACAUCAAGCCCGAACCGCCGGCUGGAACCGUCGAACCGUCCAACUUCUUCUUUGGCUCGAGUACCGCAUCGCCCGUCUCAGUCAAGGCUUCACAAAACCAAGACGCCUCGCCCAGCGCCAUGUUCAACAACCCAACACCAUCUUCGGACGGAAACGACAUAUUCAACGCCAAUCAGAUGUGGAACAACUCGGCACAAAAUCCUGCGUGGAACAACGAUUAUGCUCAUGCCUUCGCAUCACCAGGCGCGCUAGCCAUGACACCUUCACCUGUCUUGAAUGCCCCCAAGCCGGCACUGCCUAAGAAGCCCACAGCGCAAGGCGAUCGAAUUCCUCUGCACGUCGCCCCCAUCCCAGCAAAGUCUCGAGUCGAAACACAAAUCAACAUUCGCUUGACCAUGGAUUAUCUGCCGCCACGCGUCAAGAUGCUACAUCUGCCGACCCAUACCAUUGCAAAGGCCAAACUUCUAGCCAAGGAGGUCCAUUUGGCCGAAGACACCCUCGAGCUACACACCAUGCUCGUGUGCACCAGUGCCAUGAACCAACCUCAUCUGCGUGAGAAGGCCAUGAAUCAAGCAGCUCAGCAGGACAAUGCCCAGAUUCAAGUGAGAGGUCAAAACGCGGGCAAGAAGGCAGGUGAAGAGGAAGUGGACGAGAACGACAAGCCGGCCAAUGGCGGAGAAGUGCGCAUCUGCACCAACUGUAUCAAUCGUGAGCGCAAGAGAGCUGCACGUAAGAAGCUGAAGAAGGAGGAAGAGCAAGCACACUGGGAGAAAUACGAGACGGAGCGCGUCAUCGUAUUCAACACUAACGAGUACAAGCCAUGGCAAGACUGGCAACAAUCGCCAGCGCCCAAAGACAACAGUGUCACAGCUUCUGAUUAUUUCCGCCCUCCGGAGACAGCAAUGCAGGUUGUGGCUCCCAUGCGCAUUGCAUGUUAUUGUCGCCAUCAGAAUGAGAAGGAUGGCUUCCAGGUCAUCUUCACCAUCAAGGACUACCAAGGCAAUGUCGUGGCCCAAGACAUUUCGGACUCGAUUCUGAUCACCGACGACCACAAGACACAUCCAAUGUCUAGUGUGCCCGGCCAGGUGUGGUAUGACGGCCAGUUCCCAGCUCAAGCUCCUUUUACCUCACACUCGAUGGUUGACCUGCAUUCACACAUGCCUGCAAUGUCCGUCUCUAAAUCGACUGGAAAUUUGCAGAGUCUUGGUUACGGGAAUCAGCAGUUCCACCAGCCCAACAAUAUGCACAUGCAAAACUUCCCACCAUCGCAAGCCACUACCCCAGGAACAAUGACACCACGCAACUUAUCGCGCCCUGGUUCCCCCAACAGUGCAGGUCAAGCAGGUCCCAGCAAAAAACGGAAAUCGUCAUCUGCUCAUAGAAGGAUUCCUAGCACGCUUACCAUGACUAAGAUGGAGGCCAAUCAGCAGAUAGCUCAACCCACUGCUCAGACGCCCUUUUCACCCACCAAUGCUGGUUUUAUCGGCAGCAACAACGACCCUUCCUACAUCUCCAUGCCACAUUCGGCAUCGCGUUCUCAUUUCCACACUGGUCCAUCAACUCCUAUUGAAACCACCACAUUUCCGUUUGCUGCUCUGAACCGAACGAACAGUAUGGAUGGCGCUGCAUACCAAGCUUUCUACUCCGCUCCAAGCUCUGCUCACCAAAGUCGUGCACCCAGUCCUGUCUUGGUCGGACCAAACUUGGCUGCUUUCCAGAGACAACAAGCGCAUGGUGGAGCUAACGCCAUGUCAAAUCGUCAAAACCCCUUUGCCAUGUCGACCUCAUCCAUGCCUAGUGCUAUGAGCGAGCCGGAACGGCCAGGUCCCAUCAUCAACAAGGUGACACCAUCUGAAGGUCCGCCAUCUGGCGGUAUAGAGGUUUCAGUAUAUGGCAGUGGGUUUACUCCCGGCAUGGAAGUCAUGUUUGGUGAUCAGGUUGCCACGGCCACCACAUUCUGGGGUGAGAAGGCACUUUGUUGUGUCCUGCCUCCAGGCCAGAACGGAAUUGUGCCGGUGGCAAUUGCUCCCUCGCCUAUGCGACAAUACUCAGCGCCGCCACCAGGGCAAACACAGGUUUUCAACUAUGUGGGAAAGACCUCAGAGAUGCAAAUGAUGGAGAUGGCUCUUCGUUUCUACAGUCAAAAAGAGACGGGUCGUGCUGACCAAUGGCAAGCGUUGGCACAAGGUGCUGCGAGUGCCUGGAUGUCGCAGGGCUCUGCUCCAACAGGUCUUCAAACAGCACAAGGAGCGCCUUUCGAGGGCUCCAUAGCAGACAUGCGGUAUGCGUAA